GAGUGGGCGGGGUGGAGGAUUGUAAUAUGGCUGCGCCCAUGUGCAUCUGCUGCUUGAUAUUUUUCCCGCGUUUGCCUGAAUUCUCGUGCGCGCAUGGAUCGGGGCGAUUUCUUGAUCUCCCUGACGGCUGGAGGACUAGCAGGAACCUGCGUCGAUCUGGUAUUGUUCCCUUUGGAUACAGUCAAGACUAGACUGCAGAGUCCUCAAGGCUUUAAGAAGGCCGGAGGUUUCCGAGGCAUCUAUGCUGGUGUUCCUUCUGCUGCUGUGGGAUCUUUUCCAAAUGCUGCUGCCUUUUUUGUCACGUAUGAAUAUAUGAAAGCCGUGCUUCAUACAGCUACAUCUCCAUAUUUAAAUCCAAUAACACACAUGCUGGCGGCCUCCUGUGGCGAAAUAGUUGCUUGUCUAAUACGGGUUCCCUCUGAAGUUGUGAAACAGAGAGCACAAGUCUGUCCCUCUUCCAGUACCUUUCGGGUACUUUCGAACACGAUCUAUGAAGAGGGUAUUCUAGGACUCUACCGAGGUUAUAAAAGCACAGUAUUAAGAGAGAUUCCUUUCUCUCUUGUACAGUUUCCUAUAUGGGAGUACUUAAAGGAACUCUGGUCAUGGAAGCAAGGACACGUGGUCGAUUCUUGGCAGUCUGCAGUCUGUGGAGCUUUUGCAGGUGGAUUUGCAGCUGCAGUCACCACCCCUCUGGAUGUAGCCAAGACCAGAAUUAUGUUGGCAAAGACUGGUUCCAGAAACGCAAGCGGGAAUGUGUUGUCAGCUCUGCAUGGUGUGUGGAGAACCGAAGGCAUAGUUGGAUUGUUUGCAGGCAUUGUCCCUCGAAUAUCUGCCAUCAGUCUCGGAGGCUUUAUCUUCCUUGGGAUGUAUGACAAGAUACGCAGCUUGUUUUUAAUCAUGGCCUUGAAGAAGACCUGCGCCUUCCAUUUCCUCUACCAGAGGCCUGUUACACUCUCCGAGGCCUGGAAGAGGCUCUGCAGAGGUUUCCACAAGGGGAAUAGGCCGCUCGCGUCUUGUUUGUUCCCUAUUUGGAAAGUUUAGACCACUGUUCAUACCUGCAGGUGCAUAGUAAGCAUUCUUGCUUGGAUAAGCAAGACUGCCUUUUUUAAUUAGACUCAGAUUUCUCCAGUAAAAGUACAAUGUUGUAUUCUUUUACUGUCUAACAAUGCUGCCUGUGAAAAAGAAACAAAGGCCUUGUUUUGUUUUGUUUGCUUUCCCACCCCUUGCCUUUAUGGCUGCACAAUCUUGCAGAACAAGAAAUGGGGGAUUUUUGGGCAGUGGAGGAAACAAAUGACGAGCGAGUGAAUGAAGGAAGAUUCCACCUGCUUGAUGCCAAAGUCUGCUGCUCUUUUACCGUAGCGUUAGAGCCAAAUUAGUGGGACUCUUCUGGGAUGCGGGAGUGCCACUUUCCUCAAGAAAGGAUAGGUGUCACGUUUGGGUUUUAGUGCCCUUCUUGAUAAACUGCUAUUUAAAGGCAUUUCAAAACCAAUUUUAUAUAUAGCCAACCUACUGGCUGGAUGUGUGGCUUCAGUGCCCCUGCCCCAACUUAUUGUUGGUUAUGUGCCAUCAAGUUGUCCCCAACUUUUGGCAACCCUAUGUAUGAAAGCCCUCCAAUGUCCUAUCCAUGACAUCCUUAUUCAGCUCUUGCAAAUUCAGGGUGGCUGCUGCUUUUAUGGAGUUGAUCCUGCUCAUAUUUGGACUUCCUUUUCAUCUCCUGCCAACUUUCCCUAGCAUGAUGGACUUCUCCAGGUAGUUUUGCCUUCUCACGAUGUGUCCAACAUAUUAAUAGCUUCAGCAGUGUCAUUUUUGCUUCUAGGGAAAGUAAUGGCUUGAGUUGGUCUCAGGCCCACUUGUUCUCCCCCACCCAUCCCCCUCAGUCCAGCUCUCCAGCACCAUGUUUCAAACACUUUUUUGUUUUUGACUGUCUCAUUGAGUUCAGUGGGUGUACUUCAAGAAUGACUUUGGGUGGGAUCCAGAUGUAGUCAGUGUAGAACUUUUGGAGUAAUAGGGCCUUAGUUGAAGGCCUUUGUAACUUAAAGCAUUACAUUGAGUUCAAUGUCUCUAUGUGGAAUUCCAUUUGGCUCUGUAGGUACCUACUCAAAAGUAAGACCUGUUGACUGCUAUUUAUUAUUACGCUGGGAUUUAUUCUCAGGCUAGUGGUAUAGGAUUGCUGUUUAGCAACAGGCAUAGAAUUGUAUUAACCUCAGCGAAAUCAAUACAUUUGAAUGGGCUCAGGUUGGAUCAUGAUGCAACUCUAUUGAGGGGCAUUUCAAGCUUACCUGGAAACAGUACCAUCUGUGCUAAAAGCCCUCAUCUUCUAUACUGAUUGCAGAUUUACUCUCUAAGUGCAAGCCUCUGGUAGCCAAAAUACCUCCAUCAAGGAGGAGGCACCAGCAGUGUUGGAAGAACAUCAAGGUUGGUGGAAAUACCAAACAAGACCUUAACUUAGGUAGAAACCAGCCCAGUAAGAACAGCCUAUCACAUAGCCAAAGAAAAUUUCAGUUUGCCUUUGGGAGGGUACAGAACAUUUGGGUGGGGAGAAAGGUUAAUGGAAUGUCACAUGGAAGAGGACAUGGUUGGCUUGCAGGCUGGACUCUUGACCAGUAGUCAGAUAUUCCCAGUGCAACUUUUGGGAUAGAUUCCAGUAGAACACCAUGCACAAGAGGCUGAAAAAAACCCAAAUCUUUGGGGCAGGGGGAAACCCAGCCACAAUAUACUGAGUGGGAAAAAUCAGGUGGCUGGAUGGAAAAAUAAAAUGAAGUUGUUGGAAUCCUGUACAGGCAUUUUAUGCUACAUUUAUCCUCAUUUCCACUAGCUGCAGUUACAAAAUGGGAACAAGAGCAUAUAUCUGUAAGUGCUCUUAUCUAUAGUCUAUUUAAGCAUUUAUAGUAAUGUCCCAGGCUCAAGUUAAGCUCCGACUUGGAAGAAUAGAAGCCUCAUGCUCCAGGCCCUGGAAAAGAAUGCAAAAAAAAAUAAGUACAUAGAGGUUGCAGAAAACAGUAAUUAGGGGUUGCCUUACCAUUGGAGUGCAUUGCUGUGUCUAUGCUCUGGACAUAGCCUCCUACUUCUUUCAUUUUAGAAAAGACUUCCUGGGCACAUCUCCAGGAAUUCCAUUUCAAGCCACAGGAACUAUGUCUGAUUGAACAUUUUCUUCCAAUAAUCUAUGAAUUGAGCCCAUUUUGUCUCAGAUGAUUUGUAUCUUCCACACAUAUUUGAGAUAAGUAACCUUGUGUAUCAUCACAAAUGUGCACAUGUAAGUAUGUUAAUUCUGAAAGUUCAUGGAGUGUGUGUGUGAAGAAGUAGUUGUCCUUGCCACUCUUGAAUCAAUCUAUUUUUUAAGGCAACUCUUGGGUCCUACUAUUAGGAAGAGAGAGGCAUAGAAUCUCAACCUGACUUUCAGUGGGAAAUUCCUAAUUCUGGUACCGUCUCCUACCCUGGAAGUCAUUUUUGAAAACAAACACAAACCUCUUCCCCAAUAGUUCCUUGGGAAGAGGUGAUCCCUGCUCUGGAAUACUCUUUCUGGCCAAGGGCCAUGUGUGAUGGUGCAAGUAAAGGAUCGAGACCACCUUGUCAAGGCUGAAAGCUUCUGUGGAUUGACUUUUGAGCAAUUUUCAGGAGCAUGACAGCAGGUAAAGGAAGCUCAUGAAUGCAUGCUAAGUCAAAUGGGAAGGUUAAAGCGGGGGUGGGGGCGGCGUACUGGUUUUGGACUGGACAGGAGGAGGAAGUACUUUUCCAUUAUUCAAACACAACCUGACUAGUAUGGUUUGAGCUCUACCAAUGCUGAUCAUGGGGAAAUGGCAUGUCCAACUAGCUGCCACUGCAAAGAAGGGCUAUUUCUUUUAUAUACUAUUUUUCAGGUCUUGUUAACAUUUAAUAAACAUUGCCCUGGAUCAUCCAACCACCUUGUUUUGCCUUCUUUUUUAAUGCCAGGGGCAGCAACUUCCUGUCAACUAGGAAAAACUUUCCUUAGCAAUGAUAUUAAGAGUACAUUAUGCUGCAGAUUCAUUCAGAAACGAGUCUCACUGUAUUCAGUUAUGCUUAUACCCCAGGAAUUGUGCUUAGGAUGUAUUAAAGCUAAAAGGUAUUUUGGAAAUCCCAAAGGUAUGGGCAAUGUAAAAUUUUGUUUUUCUUAAACUGCAUUCUGAACUCCAAAAGUACAGAUCCCAAUCCGGACAAAAAACUUGAUAUUAUAAAUGGACCUUUAUUAAAGACACUUCAAUGCCAUUUGUUAGACACUUCCAAUAUUUUUACAAUGUACUUCUCAAUGUACAACAUUGUACCAAAAUUUUCUAAUAAAUAAAUAACUUUGUACACGAAA